UACUAUCAGCUGUGGUUUGGUGAUGGAAAAUGAGAAACCAGGCUGCAGAUCAGCAAAGAGGUUGCAAAGGUGGAACAGAGCAGGAGUGUGCGGUUUGGACAACUCGGGAAACUCCUGCUACUUAAAUGCUGUGUUACAGUGUCUGUGUUCCACUGUGCCCCUCGUGGAGCACCUCCUUAAUCAGGACACUCGUAAAGAGCUUUCCAGGUCCAGGUGCCGGGUGGCCGAGGUGUUUGUGCGCCUGCUGGACGAGAUGUGGAUGGGAAGGAGUUCCAGCUGUGCCCCCGUGGAGGCCAGGUCUGUGCUGUGCUCCAUCCUCCCCCAGUUCAACAACUAUUCCCAGCAAGACGCCCAGGAACUGCUGCUCUCUCUCCUCAAUGCACUCCAUGAUGACCUCAAAAAGGUUGCAAAGCGCCAAAUGCUCUCCUCAAAACAACAGCCGAGACAAGACCAGAAUAGAAACUGUGCCACUGCAGCUGGGGAGUCUACCAUUGUCUCGCAUCUGUUUGAGGGCCAACUGAGCUACAUGACCCUCUGCAUGCACUGCGAUCACCAGGCACACAGCACACAGACCUUCACUGUGCUGUCACUUCCAAUUCCAACACACAUCAUUAAGUGCUCCAUUCAGGAUUGCCUGUCACUGUUCUUUGAGCAGACUGUCCUGACCGGGGGAGAGCAGAUGCUGUGUUCAGUGUGUGGGCUGAGGAGAGAAACAACGGUCCUCACUUGUUUGGACAAACCUCCAGAGAUCCUCAUGUUGCACCUGAAACGGUUUGGUUGUAAGGGAAAGAACCAGGUGAAACUGAGGACUAACGUUACGUUCUCCACGAAGCUCGAUCUCACUCCAUUUCUAUCCAGCUCGGUACAGAAGACCUCAUAUUCUUCAUACUGCCUCUAUGCUGUUGUGAACCAUACAGGUCAUCUUAACAUGGGUCACUAUACAGCUCUGUGUCAGAACGCCCUAACCCGGACCUGGCACUGUUUUGACGACUCGGACGUCAGAGAGGUACAGGACAGCCUCGUGCAAUCACCAAAUGCCUAUAUGCUGCUCUACAGCUGCAAGCCCUUUCAAAAGCCAAACAUCCAUGGACUCUGAGCUCUCCAAGCAGGCCACAUCAAUCCAUUAUCAGUCUGACAACGUUAUUGAAGUCCAAUGCUAGAGUGCUGCUGGAGUGUAACAUCUUGUUUUUCUGCUGGCUUCUCCAAACCUGUACUCCAAAUAAACAUUCCAGCAUUGUGUGCCAUUAUUAUAGCCAACUGUUUCCAUGUAAUGUUUAUACACCAUAUUGUCUUAUACAGGCACGGUUUCAUUCAGUCGUUUGCCUGUACAUACAUUUUUGUGACACCACCGUAGCUGAUAUAUCCUGAAACAU